CCGACUCCGAUCUCAGUGCACGAUGGCGUCUGGCUCUGCAGACAAGUGUCCCGUCGACCACUCUUCCCUCGCCUCCUCUUCCACGGACGCUUGUCCAGUAGAUCACUCUACACGCUCAUCAUGGACCUCCGUGCUCAGCAGGCGCUCCCAGGACGGCCACGGCGCAGCGGAGCACCCGGACACCCCCGCCCCUCCCGCUAACCUCCCCCUCGACCGCGAAACCUCGUCUAUCCCCCGGGAGGACGGCAGCAACUGGGUCUACCCGUCGCAGGCGCAGUUCUUUGCCGCUAUGGCGCGCAAGAACCACAACCCCAACGAGACGGACAUGAAGGUCGUUGUGCCCAUCCACAAUGCCGUGAACGAGCGCGCCUGGCAGGAGAUCAUGAAGUGGGAGGCGAACCAGGGCGGCGAGAAGUGCGGCGGCGUGAAGCUCAUCAGCUUCAAGGGCAGGCCAAACGACAGGUCACCGCGCGCACGGUGGUACUCCCUCCUCGGAUACUCUCCGCCUUUUGACCGCCAUGACUGGGUCGUCGAACGCUGUGGCACACGCAUGCGUUAUGUUAUCGACUUCUACACCGGCCACGGCGGCUCUGCACCCUCGAAGAACGUCUCUUUCUUCCUCGACGUACGGCCAGCACUUGACGGAUGGGAAGGUGUCCGCCUUCGUACCGAGCGAUUUUGGCAGCGAUGGGUCGGCGGCCUUUGGGGAGAGCCAGCAAAGCAGGGAGGGCUACCUCCAAAACAUUGACCGUAGGAUUUUUCGGGUCUACUAUGUACUUUAUAAUGCCGAUAAUUUUAGACGAGGCUCAGUCUACUACUCACUUUAACAUCACCG